CAGUAGCGGGAGAAGCGUUUCCGGUGGCGGCGGAGGCGGCGCAGAGCUGGACCUGCGAGAGACGCUGGCGGCGGCCCAACGAAGCAGUCCCUUGUGAUUACACGGGGCUCAUCCAGAUAAUCCAGGAUAAUCUCCCCAUCUCGAGAUCCUAACUUCAUCUCAUCUGCAAAGUACUUUGCCGUGUGUGUACGGCAGCAUAUUCACAGUGUCGGGGGUUAGGAUGUGGGCAUCCUGGGGAGCCAUUAUCCUGCCCACCACCGUGCUUACAAGGCCAGCUGAUACGGGCUUUCAGUGUCCGGUUCCGAGCGAGGGCUCAGCCUGAAUGGAGCCUGAAGAUCGACAGUUGGAUUCAGAGUCCCUGCGCAUUUUACAGAAAAAGAAAUCUCAGACGAUGUCGGGAGAACUACCACUAAACAUCAAUAUUAAGGAGCCUCGAUGGGACCAAAGCACUUUUGUUGGACGAGCCAAUCAUUUCUUCACCGUAACUGAUCCCAGGAAUAUCCUGUUAACCAACAAACAACUAGAGAAUGCAAGGAAAAUAAUACAUGAUUACAGACAAGGAAUUGUGCCACCAGGUCUUACAGAAAAUGAGCUGUGGAGAGCAAAGUACAUCUAUGAUUCAGCUUUUCAUCCUGACACUGGUGAAAAAAUGAUUUUGAUAGGAAGAAUGUCAGCUCAGGUUCCAAUGAACAUGACCAUCACAGGCUGCAUGAUGACGUUUUAUAAGUCUACACCGGCAGUGUUCUUCUGGCAGUGGGUCAACCAGUCCUUCAAUGCAGUUGUCAAUUACACCAACAGAAGCGGAGACGCCCCUCUCAGUGUAAAAGAAUUGGGAACAGCCUAUGUUUCUGCAACAACUGGUGCUGUAGCAACAGCUCUAGGACUUAAUGCGCUAACCAAGCAUGUCUCACCCCUGAUAGGACGCUUUGUCCCCUUUGCUGCCGUGGCUGCUGCUAAUUGCAUUAAUAUUCCAUUAAUGAGGCAAAGGGAACUCAAAGUUGGUAUUCCCGUCACAGAUGAAAAUGGGAACCGCUUGGGAGAGUCGGCAAAUGCUGCAAAACAAGCCAUCGCCCAAGUCGUUGUCUCCAGGAUUCUCAUGGCAGCCCCUGGCAUGGCAAUCCCUCCAUUUAUCAUGAACACUUUGGAAAAGAAAGCCUUCUUAAAGAGGUUCCCCUCAGUAGGAGCAGGUGCGUCAUGGUGAUGAGGGCAGCUCUUUGGGGUAAAUUGUUUGAGGUCUUAGAAACAGAACUGUAACAAUGAGGAGACACUCUACAGCUUUGAAAAGAGGACAUAGUUUACAGACAAAGCACUUCUUGGACGAUUUCAGUUAUUAGAAUUCUAAAUGUCAAAUUCUAAUUGUUUAUUGACCUGUAUACUUCUUAUGGGGACAUUGGUGGUUCAGUGGUAGAAUUCUCACCUGUCACACGGAGACCCGGGUUUGAUUCCCAACCAAUGCACCUCAUGCUUAGCUACCACCCAUCUGUCAGGUGGAGGCUUUGCGUAUUGCUGUGAUGCUUGAACAGGCUUCAGGGGAGCGUCUAGACUAAGAUGAACUAGGGAGAAAGGCUUGGUGAGCUACAUCUGAAAAUCAGCCAAAGAAAACCUGUGGACCACAGGGUCUAAUCAGCGACCAGUCGUGGGGAUGGUGCAGCACCAGGCAGUGUUUGGUUUCAUCGUGCGUGGGGUCACCGUGAGUCAGGGGCCAACUCAGCAACAGUAACAACAACAACAUACUGUCUAUGGGUCCUAAAUCGGAAAACUAAGGUAAAUGCUAAGUGAGCACCUUGUCAGCCCUUUCAAUGAAGCUAUAUUCUUAGAAAAAUAAGUUAAGCAAGUUGUCAUGGAUUGAAUUAUGUCCCCCCAAAACUGUGCGUAUCAAUUUGGGCCAUGAUUCCCAGUAUUGUGUGAUUUUCCUAUAUGUUGUAAAUCCUGCCUCUGAUGUUAAUGAGGGAGGAUGGGCGGCAGUUGUGUUAGUGAGGCAGGACUCAAUCUACAAAACUGGAUUGUGUCUUGAGGCAAUCUCUUGAGAUAUAAAAGAGAGAAGCGAACAGAGAGACAGGGGACAUCAUAACACCAAGAAAGCAGUGCUGGCAAUGCUGGGGAAGCCAGGACAACCUGUACAAGGGACGGCUAUGGUAGCUCCAUAGACACAUCCAAACUCCCUGAGGGACCCAAUUGUUGGGCUGAGGGCUGUGGGGACCAUGGUCUCAGGGAACAUCUAGCUCAAUUGGCAUAACAGAGUUUAGAAAGAAAAAUAUUCUACAUUCUACUUUGGUGAGUAGCAUCUGGGGUCUUAAAAGAUGGUGAGCAGCCAUCUAGGAUACUCCACUGGUCUCACCCUCCAGGAACAAGGAAGAAUAAAGAAAACUAAAGAUACAAGGGAAAGAUUAGUCCAAAGGACUAAUGGACCACAUCUACCACGGCCUCCGCCAAACUGAGUCCAGAACAACAGGGAUCACAAUAGAGGGUCCCAGACAAAGCUGGAGAAAAAUGUAGAACAAAAUCCUACCUCAAAAAGAAAGACUGGACUUGCUGGUCUGACAGAGACUGGAGAAACCCUGAGAGCGUGGCCGCCAGACACCCUUUGAGCUCAGUAAUGAGCCCACCCCUGAAGUUCACCCUUCAGCCAAAGAUUGAACAGGCCCUUGGAACAAAACAAGACUAAAGGGGCGCACCAGCCCUGAGGCAGGGACUGAAAGGCAGGAGGGAGCAGUAAAGCUGUAACAGGGAACCCAGGGUUGAGAAGGGAGAGUGUAUGACAUGUUAACCAAUGUCAUAGAACAAUGUGUGUACUAACUAUCCGAUGAGAAACUAGUUUGUUCUGUAAACCUUCAUCUAAAGUUCAAUAAAAAAAUUUUAAAAAGAAAGAAAGCUGGGAGCAGAACGGAUCCUUUGGACCCGGGAUCCCUGUACAAAGAAGCUCCUAGUCUAGGGAAAUGUUGAUGAGAAAACUGACAGAGAAAGCCUCUCCCUGGAGCUGACACCCUGAAUUUGGACUUUCAGCCUACUUUACUGUGAAAAAAUAAUCUUCUCUUUGUUAAAGCCGUCCACUUGUGGUAGUUCUGUUAUAGCAGGACUAGAUAACUAAGAUAUAAGUAUGCUAUUAAGAGGCAGUAAUAUUGAGAACCUCAUUUGAAGGAUGUGUCCAGGUUGUUAUAUAUCAGUGCCCAAACCACUAUGGGGAAAAGGGGACAUUCUUUCUCCUAUCCAUUAUGUUAUUUUUAUUGCAUUAUUUUAUACUACAUUACACCCCCUUUCAACUUCUUUCUUUGAACCUUUGGAGAGGUGGAGGAAUUAUAUUCCCCGAGCUUUAGUUUUUGGAACUGCUGCCUCUAGCAAUCUGACAUGUCAAUGUGAAAUGUGGGAAAGAGUGUCCUGGUGGCUCUGUAGGGACUGAUUAGUUCCUUUGCUCUUUGGGAGGGGCGAGGGGGUUCUGGGGAAAUCUGCAGAGCCUUGUGCCACUCCAGGAAGCCAUGUCCUUGAAAACCUUCUGAUUCCCCAUGUACCUUCUUUGUGUGUUUCUGCAGUCUUAAUCAUAGGAUUAAACCAAACAUACCUUUUGGGAAUACAAAGCAGAUACUUGUAUUUAAGCAGUAAAGUUAGUGUGGGCCAGAAUCUAAUUGUGGCUUCAUUUGUCAUUUUGCCUACUUAAAUACACUCUCGGUUUGAGGACUCAUAAAAAAGUUUUGUCAAAGUCUCUUUCUGGUUUUGAGAAAAGACUGUUAACCAUUUAAAGUUUCUAAAGGAUUAGCAUAUGUGCUGCAACAGUGACUAUACCUUAAAAUUACCAGAGUAUGUCAUGAUCUUGAAUUCACCAACUUUAUAUUGCAGUGAUUUACAGGUAAACUGAAAAAAAAAAAAUUCAUGGCCUUUCUGUGUCCUUCCCUGCUUGACUUACAGAAGGUGAUUUAGACUUUGAGGGAGACUUAUAUAAGUUUAGAAUGGGAACCAUCAACAUCCUUCUCCAUAACCCUGGUAAUAAGUGGCCAAUCUUGUGGAUCUGUGACUUUACAGACAUUGAGCCGAUGCCUGUAUUAGUCUCUGCUGACUCUUGCUCUGCUAAGUCAUUAAAAAAAAAAAAAAGUCAUUAGGUUUAUAGUAUUCCCCUAGGGUAUGUGUUGAUCCAAGCCACUUUUUGACAUACCAGGUAGUUGGCAAACUUCUUGCCUAUUAUAAAUUCUUAAGGUUUUGGCAUGGGCAACUUUGGGAGCAACGGGGCAUCAGGAAACACAUCUAAUAAACCAAACCAUCCCUUCUGCUGAAUUUAAGCAAAAUCGGAUUUUUAAGGCAAGUCCAGAUUUCUUGGUGGAUGCAAGGCUUGGAAAUUGUCAUCUUAUUAUAUUAGUUUGUCUGAUAUAAAAACGACAGUUUUGCAAGAGAGGAGUAGUAAAUGCGGAUUACUCAGCCAACGGUAUAACAAAGUUAUGAUUGUCACAAAUUUGCUGGUGACCAUAAAUGCAUUGGACUUCAUCUUCAGUGGCAACAUCCCCAGCAUUUAAGCUUUCCUGUUCCUUUCACAAUGCCUCUCAAAUGCCACCUAACACCCAGUUCGCAGAAAGAUCUUGGCAACUGGCUCUGGAGCAGAGGCUGGAAUCUCCUGUCCACUUUCCACUGCUGGUGGUACAUUGUUCCAUGGAGCCUGGCCCCUGCAUGUGGACACGGGCACACUGCUCUACUAACAUGUGUCCUGAUCCCACUUGGGAUUCCAGGAAGUUCAUAAGGAAGUCCUCUUUUCAGCCUACAUUGAUACUGAAAAGUCAGGAUACCUGUGAUGCGAGUUGAAAGCAUGUAAAAUGAAGUUGUUACUUUAUCAUUGUAACUUCUCUCUGCCUUGGAACUCCUCCUGGGGUUGCAGUGUUGCUACAGUUACAGCAAUCAUUGACAAGCACUGGACAGGAGACUGUGGACAUGUUACAUAAUUGUCUUGUUAUGACAGACAGAAAUUGCUGUAGAUGUAGCCCGGCAUUUUCUCAUAUGCAGGAACUGGCAAAUGAUGCAAGCAGUUAGCCCCAUCUUCUAUAAGAUCACAGCCAUUGAAAACCCUAUGGAGCACAGUUCUACUCUGAUACAGGAGGGGUUGCCAUGACUUGGAGUUGUCUUGAUGGUUUUGUUCUUUUUUGUUGUUGUUGUUUAGCCCAUCACUGCCACACUACUCCAGGCUUUUUCAGAAGAGUAAAAUGAAUAAGCAUUGAGUUUUCCUCCCCUCUCUUAGCUUUGCUUAGUAUUGUGGCCUUCUGUAAUAACUUGGAAGUGAACUGCCAUGCUUCCCAUCUCCACAGAAGCCCUCUGCCUACCCCACUCCCCGCAGGCAGGGCUUCGCCUGGAGCAAGGAGAGGGCACCAGCUUCAGCACCCCUGUGCAGAGCUCAGGAAGGGCAGACCAAUCAGCCUGAGAGCCUUACUAGCUACAGAGGGUCCAAUGGAAGAUUUUGCUUUGAAAAGUAAUGGCUACAUACUGUUUGGAGUCCCUGGGUGGUGCAAAUAGCUAAUGCACUUGGCUGCUACCCAAAAAGCUGGGGGUUCAGGUCCACCCAGAAGCACCUUGGAAGAAAGGCCUGGCAAUAUCUAUUUCUGAAAAAUCAACCAUUGAACAUCCUAUGGAGCAAAAUUCUGCUGUGACACACAUGAGGUCACCAUGAGUCAGAAACAACUCAGUGGCAGCUAGGUUAACAUACUGUCCAGGUACCCAUGCCCUCUUCAUACUCCCAAGUUCAGGGUUGCUGUUACAUUUAGAUAUUUCAUUUUGCCCAGGUAAUGAGGACCUUAGGACUUAAUUGAUAUGAUAUACCAAAUAUACCAGUUGUGGUCCAAUCAAUUCCAACUCAUGGCUACCACAUGUGUUAGAAUAGAACUGUGUUCCAUAGGGCUUUCAAUGACUGCGAUGUUAUGGAAUUAGAUUGCCAGGCUUUUCUUCUGUGGUGCAUCUGGGUGGAUUUGAACUGCCAACUUUUGUAUUAGUAGCCAAGUGCUUAACCAUUUGUUUCACCCAGGCUGCCUGUCAAUAGGAUAAGUACUGCUAAAAGAUAGGCAACAGAAGCUUAUAUUAAUGCCCCUAUCUUUCCAUUUUCAAAGCACUUUCACAUACCAUUUGAAAAGGCAGGCUAUACUGUACCCCUUUCACAAUGGCUCCUAAGAUUUUUUCCUUAGCAGCUGACAGUACCCUUGUGAGUGGGUGGCGCUCUGCUGUGAUGUACUUAUCUGGGCUUUUAUCUUGGAAAUGACCAGGCUCCUCAGCAAACAAAACUAAUUGAACAUUCUGGGCUUUUUUAAGGGUGAUGCUUGGGGAGCAUUCAGCCUGACUCAUCUUUCCCCCUACGCCUUAUCUUUUCCCAAGUGAAGUGCUGAAAAAAAGCAUCAGCUGUGGGCAGGUGACUCAUGGAAAUUUUUGCAGUAAACUAAAAAUUCGCUGCCUAAACUCUGGUGAUCCAACUCUUCUUGAAGACUAGUUCCUGUGAUUUCUUUACCUUAGGUCAUUCUUGCUGACACUUCUAUUGGCAAUGUAAUUGAAAGGGUUUCAGUCAGAUAAUAUUUGCCACAUUCCUUAACUUGCAGUUCUUUUAUACUCCCGUUAACAAAGGUGGCCUUCUCUGUCCACUCAACGGAUUUCCAAGAUUGCCUGCUAACUGAAUGUGAAGGUAGCAUUUAUUUUUUUCGUUUAUUUACUCAUUCAUUUAGCAGUCCUUUGCUGAAGUAUUGCUUUUCAAGCAGUGUGCUAGGCCCUGUUGUUGUUAUUAGGUUCUGUCCCCAUCACAACAGGACUCCAUGCUCAGAGGAGCAGAAUGCUGCCCAGUCCUGUGCCAUCCCCAUGACUGGUUACAGAUUGAACCAUUGUGAUCCAUAGGGCUUUCAAUGGCUGAUUUCCAGAAGUAGAUCUCUAGGCCUUUCUUCCUAGUCUGUCUUCUUCUGGAAGCUCCUCUGAAACUUGUUCAGCAUCAUAGCAACAAACAAUCCUUCAAUGACAAAUGGUGGUGACUGCCCAUGAAGGGUAUUAGUUGGGGACUCAAACCCAGGUCUCCCACAUAGAAGGUGAGAAUUGAACCACUGAACCACCAAGGCCUCAUGUGCUAGACCCUAAAGUCACAGAAAUAGGGUGUGCACCCUACUUUCAGUGAGCAUGUAGCAUGGGGGGAAAGAGACAUAGGAACAGGUGAUGACAAUAAGUGCUAAUUACAGCACCGGGCACAGCGGAGGUAUCGUACCAAACGGGGGUAGGUAGGGAGAGGUUUGCAGAGAACUGACCGAGGGUACGUGUUCUGCAGAAGCUCAGAGAGGACACAGAGCAUGGUUUAUAGGAGGGUUUGCAGAUAGUUACGUUGGCUGGGAUGCAGGCUGUGUGUAGGCAAUUGACUGUACCAUGUAUAAAAAUUAACUCACAGUGAAGCAUAGACCUAAAUGUAAGAAUCUACAACUAUAAAACUUCUAGAAGAAAACAUAGCAGAAGAUCUUAGAGACCUUGGCAAAUGUUUCUUAGCCACACUACCAAAAGCACAGUCCUAAAAAGAAAAAUCGAUACAUUGGACUUCAUCAAAGUUAAAAGUAUAUGUUCACCGAAAGACUCUAGGAGGAGAGUGAAAAGACAAGCUGCAGACUGGGGGAAAAAAAAUUGCAAAGCAUAUAUCUGAUGUAUACAUUCUGCCUUGUAUCCAGAAUCCUCAGCACUCAUUCAUAAAACAAUGUACUUUUAAAAAUGGUCAAAAGGAUACUUUACCAAAGAAGAUAUACAGAUGUCAAAUAAGCAUAGGAGAAGAUGCUCAAUAUCUUUAGCCAUUAGGGAAAUUGAAAUUAAAACUGCAAUGAGCUGCCACUACAUACCCAUGAGGAUAAGUUAGAAGGUAUUGCUCCUAGGCUUCCAGUUCAUACAUACCCUGGUUUAUUCCAAAGAAAACGUGUUUAAGGGUGUCUCUGUGAUCAGAGCUGCAAACAAGCUCUCUCAGCAGUAAACUAGGUUUUAGUCUCAUUAGGGUGCCUUCAAAAAAAAAGGAUACUUUUUGUGCCACGGAAAAAAACAAUUUUGAGGUCAGGGCUAAUAUCAAAUUUUUAACGAAACUCAAGUGGAUGUUUUCUCAAAUCAUGGAAGCUUUACAACAAGUUUAUGGGAAUGCUGCCCCAAAUAAAACAACGGUUUUUAGAUUGAUCAAGUAUUUUAAGGAAGCUGGGGAAGACCUCGAAGAUGAGCCAAGAGGGGGAAGAUGGCUCUGAAGGUUAUGGUGACCGUGUUUUGGGGAUUCCCAAGGGGCAAUCUUGAUUGACGCUUACUGUGAAGAAGUUUUAAGAAAAUUAAAAACUGCAUUGGUGAGAAAAAGGCCAGGAAAGUUGCGCCAAGGAAUUUUUUUCCAUCAUGACAAUGCGCUGCUCAUUCUUUGAGGGUACUAAAGGCUGCCCUAUGAGAAUUGCAUUGGGAAACCUUACCCCAUCCACCUUACAGCCCUGAUCUCGUCCCUUCAGACUUCUUUUUGUUCCCAAAACUCAAAGUAGCAUUAUUUGAGUCCCUCAAGGAUACAGAACUCUUCAGGGAAGGGUUAGAGAGAUGGAAACACUGCCUUCAGAAGUGUGUAGACCUCGAUGGAGGAUGUGUCAAGAAACAAUGGCUUCACAUUUUGAUCUUUUUGUUUAAUAAAAGUUGCUAUGAUUUUGUAGCAAUACUUUAUGACCCAGCCUCAUAUUGGAAUGGCUGAAAUUAAAGACUGAGCAUAACAAGUGUUGGCGAGGAUAUGGAGGACUGGAACUCUCAUAUCCUGCUGGUGGGAAUGUUGAAUGAUUUAUCCCCUUUAGAAAAUAGUUUGGCAGUUUCUUAAUAAAUUAAACAUAUGCCUACCAUAUGAUCCAGCCAUUCCACUUCUAGGUAUUUAUUUAAGAAAAAUGAAAGCUUAUGUCCAUAAAAAACACCUGCGUGUUCAUAGCAGCUUUAUUUGUAAUAGCUAAAAAUUGGGGAGGAAAAAAAUGCUCUUCAGUAGAAGAACAGAUAAAUAAAUUGUGGUACAUCCGUUGGUUUUUUUCCCACACAAUGGAAGACUUAACUCAGCAAGAAAAAAGAGUGAUACGCACAACAACAGGAACGAAUCUCAAACUAAUUAUACAAUAUAGUAGAUACCAUAUGUAAAACUCUAGAAAGUAGAAACUAAUUUCUAGUGAUAGAAAGCAGAUCACUGGUUGCCAGGGAAUGAGGUAGGAGGCUUAGGGGAUGGGGAGGGACUGCUCUGGGGCAUCGGCAAGGAAAAUUUUAGGGGUGAUAGGUAUGUUCAUUAUCUUAAUUUUGGUAAUGGUUUCACAGGUGUAGACAUCUAUCAAAAGAUGUACGCUUGAAUUAUAUGCAUUUUAUUGUGUGUCAUUGAAGAUCAUGAGGAGAAAAAGCGUUGAGUAAUACCAACUCUUUCAUCUUUUUACGUCAUUGAAUAUUGAAUUCAGUGAAUUCACUGAAUAUAUAUUUUCUAAACUUGUAAUCAGAGUCUUUAAUUUUUAUUUGAAACAUCUUUUUUUGCACAGUUCUGUGCUAAGCAAAGCCUGUCCCUACCCUGAGGAAUUUUGUCAGUUUAUAGUGGAAGAUAAAACAUACAGCUCACCAAUUUAGUCUCGGACUCAGUUCUACCUAAGAAAUACCAGUUUUAUAGCAUGGAGCCCUUGGUGAUGUGAACAGUUAACAAGCUCAGCUGCUAACUGAAAGGUCUGACAUUUGAGUCCACCUAGAGGCACCAUAGAAGAAAGGCCUGGCUAUCUAUUUUCGAAAACCAGCUGUUGGAAACACAAUGGAGCACGGUUCCACUCUGACACACAUGGGGGCACCAUGAGUCAGAACUGACUGAGGGCAGCGGUUUUUAUUUUUGUUUUAUUGGUUUUAAAGUGUGUAGGAGCAUAAAAAUGAGGGAUGAAUUAGGCAGGAGAGAGAGCUAGAGAAGGAGUCAGGCGAAGGGAUGACAGCCAGGCUAGGCUUUGCACGUUACACUGGAAUUCUCCAGGAUCCUUUUCAUUACCAGAGAUGAGGAAUGUGGAGGUUUUCCAUCAGAACCCUCUGAAUGAGCCAGAGUCCACACUGUGUCUGUAGACAUCUGUCUUUGAGAUUACAUGCAGCUCUUCCCUUUGGGAUACCAAGUUAGCCCUGUUGCUGUGGACAAGUGUCCUCUUGAAAGAGGAAGCUACUCUCACCUGUACAAGCUCAUCGCCCUACAGGAUUUCAUACAGCAUUUAGUUUCCCUUGCCACCCCCAGCAAUACCUGGGAGAAACCUAGGGCAACAAUCGACCUUUUCCUUAAGAAAAUUCUUCAUCAUCAUCAGAGCCGGUUGCCCAAGAUAAAACAUUUUCCUUUCCUUUCUGUGCUUUGAGGGAUGGAGCCCCUCUGCCUCACCUCAUGGAUCCGUCUCCUCUUGACGUCUUUUCUCCCUUCCCCCCUAGUCUGUGCCACUCUCGCCCCACACUGACCCUUGUGAUAUGCCUUUUUGCCAGAAGAGUAUGCCUCUCAUGAAAGCCUCAUUGUGAUCGUUAUCACUGAACAGCUUGUGUUGACUCUUAACUAACUUGGCUGACUUCAUUACAACCAGUUCACAACUUGAUCAUAGCUAUUUCUGUGGCCUUAUUUAUAUGAUAGAAGUUCUUGGGUGGUACGAAUGACUAAGUGCUUGGCUACUAACCAAAAAGUUGGUGGUUUGAUUCCACCCAAAGGCACCUCAGAAGAAAGUCCUGGGUUAAUUUUGAAAGAUCUAAAGCCAAAAAAAAAAAUCCAUCGCCAUUGAGUCCAUUCUGACUCUUAGUGACCCUACAGGA